GAGUCUAAAGCGCAGGGCACCCAUCUGGCUUCCCAUCAGCCAGGGGAUUCUGCAGGAGGGAAGCCCGGGGAGGAAAAGGUUAAGUUGGGGUGGGUGGGAGAGUGACGUGUGGGGUCACAGGAAGGGCCCUACGCCACAUCCCUCCUGGAUCCCUCCUCUUCCCUGGCCCCUGGCGCCCCGGACUUCCCUUUCCUCCCCGCCCACCUGGAAAACUUAGCCUCUUGGAGCCGAGACUGUCGUGCCUCCAAGGAAAGCCCAGGAAGGGGUCCCAGGAGAGGGCAAGGCUGAGAGCAGGUCUCCUAGGGUACCACCCCCUCAGUCCCCCUUCCCAACACCCGCCUCCAUCCCCAGCUGGGCCUCCCUGACCUGAGCCUGACCCCUAAGGUGAAGUGGAGCCUCUGGUGCAUGAGGGGUGGGCUGGGAGUUCUUCUUUCCCCAUUGGGAUCACAGAUAGAGAAACUGAGGCACAGGGGUGUGGGGGAGAGAGAAGGUUCCUACCUGUUCAGCGCCCGCCCCCUCCCGACCCCCCCCUCCAUGGGUCUGCUCUGGCCCUGGCUCCCGGCCCGGGCUGGCAGCCCAGAGCGAGGAGCUUAUGAGGGGGCGGGGCAGGCUGGGGACCUUGGUCUCCCGGGGCCCCUCACCCCGCCCACCGGCCCUCCUGAACCCAGCUGGGAGAUAAAGGAGGCGGGCAGCUGGGCUGGCAGGCUGGCUCUGGUGCCCUGCAGCCCGCGGGUGCGGACGGCGAGGGGGCGCCUCCCAGCGCCCCUGCCACGUCCCUCCCCGAGGGAGCGCCAGCCAUGGUCCCGCUGCUGCCCGCUGCCCACGACGACGACGACGUGACGGUGACGCGGCUGUCGCGCUCCAUCCACCUCUACUGCAAGCAGCCGGGGCCCCCAGGGGCCCCGGGGCCGCCCCGCCCGCUGCUCCUGCUGCUGCCCUGGCUGGGGGCGCCGCAGGGCGCCCAGGCCAAGUACCUGCAGCUCUACCUGGCCAGCGGCUUCGACGUGCUGGCCGUGGAGAGCUCACUGAGGCACUUCCUGUGCCCGCGCCUGGGCUUGGGCCGCGCGGCGCGCCUGCUGGAGCUGUUGCAGGGGCCCGGGGUGCUGGCCGGCCGCCCCCUGGUCGUGCACGCCCUCUCCCUGGGGGGCUACACCUUCGCUCAGAUGCUGCUGCUCAUCCACCGCCAGCCCGGGCGCUACAGCGCCGUGGCCCAGCGCCUCUGGGGACAUGUCUUCGACAGCCUGGUGGUGGGCAGCCUGGACCGCAUGGCGCUGGGCGUGUCUCAGCUGAUCCGGCCACAGGCGCUGGGCCCGGUCAUCAAGGCCACGGCCACACUCUACUUCCACCUGUGCCCGGGCUGCACCGUGCGGCACUACGAGGCAGCGGUGGGCGCCUUCCAGCAGCCCCCCGUGCGGCCCCCGACACUCGUCUUCUACAGCCACGACGACCCGCUCUGCGAUGUGGAGCGCCUGGGGCAGCUGCUGGCAGGCUGGCGGCAGGAGGGCAUGGCUGUGUGGACGCAGGCCUGGGAGACCUCCUGGGAGGAGCUGGGGAUCCCGUAG